UAACAGCCGUAACCCUGGACCCGUCCUGACUCCUCACUGCAAGCACUGACCAGUGACGGGGCUACAACGGCACGAAUGGCAGCGACCAGCCAGCGGCCACCAACCACUGGGCUCUAACGGGCGCCCAGUCCAGGCGCGCCCCAGGGCAAAUUCCCAGCCUACUCCCUGUCUCCGCCCGCUUCCCGCCUCUUGAACGAGGACCACUUUGACCACCCAAGACCAGAGGCAGUGCACCACACAAGUCCACAAGUGCACCACACCUGCCAGCCUCAACCGAUUGCACCGACCGACCCAACCCUUUUUUUUCUGUAUCCCAAAGACUUUCUGCCACUCCGAUCCGUCACUGCUGCUUUCACAUCGACUACAACGACAUACCAAAUCUCUAAUCACGAGUCCCUAAUACCAAUCCCACCCCCAAAACAACAUCCCCAGCCAUUCCCACAAUGGCUGCUAUCGGAGGCGUGCAGUCGAUCAAGUGCGUCGUCACUGGUGACGGUGCUGUAGGAAAGACAUGUCUUCUCAUCUCAUACACAACAAAUGCCUUUCCCGGCGAAUACAUUCCCACAGUAUUCGAUAACUACUCGGCGAGUGUUAUGGUCGAUGGCAAGCCCGUGAGCUUGGGUCUCUGGGAUACUGCUGGACAGGAGGAUUACGACAGACUGCGCCCGCUUUCGUACCCCCAGACCGACGUCUUCCUCAUCUGCUUCUCGCUCGUCAGCCCUCCGUCGUUCGACAACGUCAAGUCCAAGUGGCACCCCGAGAUCCAGCAUCACGCCCCCGGCAUCCCCAUCAUCUUGGUGGGCACCAAGCUCGAUUUGCGCGAGGACCCCGAUACCAUUCAGAGCCUGAGCCAGAAGCGCAUGGCUCCGAUAACGUUCGAGAUGGGUGUCAACUGCGCCAAGGAGAUAGGCGCGAGGAAGUACCUCGAGUGCUCUGCUCUCACCCAAAGGAAUCUCAAGUCCGUUUUCGACGAGGCCAUCAGAGCCGUGCUCUACCGCGUCGAUACGACCACAGAAAAGAAGAAGUCCAAGUGCACUAUCCUCUAAUUAAUUCACCACAACCAACCAAACCAAACCAGACAUACCACCACCACCACCAUAACACCAUCACACCAACGCUCAUGAGGCCAUUUACCGAGGGCGCAACGAACGCUUUGACAUCAGCACAAAACAACAGGGUGUUCCAUGGGGAUAAUUGUGAGGGGACACCAUCUAUACCCGGCGGACAUAAUUACAUGUUGAUGAGAUUUUCUUUUCCUGGUUGUUCUGAUCGUCUCGAAAUAA